AGCCAGAUCCGCCGUUGCUGUCCCACGCCAAUUGGCUGUCACCAGAAUGGCCGCCCCAAUGAUCGCCAGACCUAUGGCCGUUAGAUUCUACUCCGCCAUGAUGGAGGACAUGGAGGAACACACUGCCAAGUUCACCAAGGAUUUGGAAGAGGCCUACGACAUGUUUGAGGUCUGCCGUGUCAUUAACAACGCCUUCUCCCACGAUUUGGUUCCAUCCCCAGCCGUUUGUGAGACCGCGUUGCGCGCUGCUAGACGAAUCAACGAGUACGCCGUUGCCGUCAGAGUCUUUGAGAUGAUUGAGGCCAAGGUUGAAAACAGCGCUCAGUACGAAGCCUACUUGGACGAGUUGAAGGACAUCAGAGAGGAGUUGGGCAUUGAGUUGAAGGCCGACUUGUACCCAGAGGGCAUCUUGUCCCACUAAGCGAUUAGUCCCCUUAGAUCUCUGCAUCCCCCUUACAUUUCUUCUAUUUAUUUCAAAAACCACAGCCAGCAUUGCCGGGCCCGCUUUGAAUAAGUUUUCCCACGACUAAUAAAGU